AUGUUGGACCACGUCCUCGGACGGCCUUCCUCCAAGUCUCGCAGGCUUCAAGUUCUUGCGGUGAUUGGGUUCUGGUCAACAAUUCUGAUCCGGGGACAUCGACAUGGCCCGCCAUACCUCAACUUUCUCUCCAAACAACUGUCCCGGAAACUUACUCUCUGGCAAACCGUCAUAAUCACUUUCCUGUACAUAUAUGCGGCCAGAAACUUUAGCACGCUCGUUGGGCUUGCCAGCCCCGAGCCUCUGGCCAACAUGUACACGCCGGCCUUCUUCCGCGCCACGUGGAUCCUGACAGCGCUCGACGCCGGUUUCUGGACGGCCAUGAAGAUCCGAACAAAGUGGCUCCGCGACCUAGCCAGCCUGGUCUUUUCUAUAUUCUACAUGAUAUCAGCAGAAAAGGCUGACGAGAAGGUCCGCAAGGUCCGGGGCAACCUGACGGUGGAUCACUUGCGAGUGAGCUGGAACAAGGGGACGACCCCUUAUCUGCAGUUCUUUCAGAGCUUCCUGAGGCCUCGUUUCUCGCGAUGGCAACCGCGCCAGGUCCGCAUACCUCGGCCGAGCUCGAGCGAUUAUAAGGAGCCUGUUAUAGGCUGGCUCUACUUUGACGGGCCGCUCUCCGAGCUCAAGAGCGCCAAUAUCAACCGCAUUGUUCUCGACAUCCCUGGCGGUGGGUUCGUGGCCAUGGAUCCUCGCUGCAACGAUGAUAGGCUGUGGGCGUGGUCUGCGAAGACAGGUCUUCCUAUUUUGAGUCUCGACUACCGGAAGGCUCCAGAGUUUCCCUAUCCCUACGCUCUCAAUGAGUGUUUCGACGUAUAUACCACGCUUAUAGAGACUCGUGGCACUUGCGUCUCGCUGUCGGGAACCGAAAUGCCGAGAAUUGUGGUCUGCGGAGACAGUGCCGGCGGCAAUCUAGCAACCGCAAUGACACUCAUGAUCACUGAGAGCAGGUCAAGCCCUGAUUGUCGGUUUGGAGGCAAGACCGAGUUGCCUCUGCCGGAUGGGUUGAUACUGUUCUACCCAGGUCUCGAUAUGAACAUUGGGAACUGGAUGUCUGAUGAGCAGAUGUCACUCAUCAAAGAUCGACGAAUGCGUACCACAAACAAGGACAUCAUUCGACGCAAGAGCCGCCAAUACAACGACCUUGUGGGAACCCCUCAUGACUCCGAUGACGAAGACGAGACCGCGGCCAAGCUGUCGCCAGACGGCCCGGACCCUUCUCGAGGCGGCUCCGCGACACCAGAGGAGAUGCGCAGCCCCCAUCCGGAAUAUGCCCAUUCUGCGCCGACGUCGUUCAAGAAUGCCCAGGGCCCGCCUUCUCCUGGCGUCAGACGGGAAAGCUCGACGGGCACAUCGCACCACCCGGAGCCCAUGCGCACUCGCCUCGCCAUGUCGUCCAUGAUCUCGUAUUUCAACGAUCGUGUGCUCACCCCCGAGAUGAUGCGUGCCAUGAUCAUCCUCUACGUCGGGCCUCACAACCGUCCUGACUUUAGCCGAGACUACUACCUCUCCCCCAUCCUGGCGCCCGAUCUCCUCCUCGCGCACUUCCCGAAGACGUACUUCCUGACUGGCGAGCGGGACCCCCUUGUCGAUGAUACCGUCAUCUUCUCGGGGCGCCUGCGCCGCGUCAAAGCCGCGUAUCACGCUUCCGGCGGCCGACGGCUUGACUACACCGAGUCGGACGCACAGGUUGAGGGAUUUGACGAAAAGGACGUUGCCGAAGUUGUCCUGCUUCCCGGGACGAGCCACGGCUUCCUGCAGUUCCCAGCGAUCUACCCGCCGGCCUGGAAGCUGAUCGACCGGUCAGCCCAGUGGAUCGAGGACGCAUUCCACGCGGCCGACGGACGGGUCCGCCGGGGCAGACAGCAGCACUCGCAGGCGGUACAACACGCCGUGAAAACGGGAGCAGCAGCGGCAACGGCGGAGCCCGUGCCGACGGCCUCGCAUGUGAACGGCAGCAGCCAGAGCGGCCGCCACCACAUACGGACGGAAUCGAGCGGCGACGAGGACAAGCCGCUCGAAAUGAGCAUGACGAGGGUGCGCGGCAGGAGCUUUGCGAACGGCAAGGGCGGCGGGGGCGGCAACGAAGUGACGGGCAGGAAAGAGGCGCCCGCCACAUCGGGCGGCGGCGGAGGAGGAGGAGGAGGAGGCGCGAAACCGCAGGGCGAGAACGGCGACGCCGCUGCCGCCGCCGUGGGCACGCGCAACAAGAAGGCUGCCCAGAAGAAGAGGGUGCGCACGCGGAGCAGCGACGACAAGCUCGUCAAGCUGGCUAGUUCGGACGAUCUGCUCAGCCGCCGGAUGCAAGGGCUGGCUGGAGGCCUCACGGGGUUGGCAGAGGAGUGA